AUGUCUCUUGGAAUUGAUUUUAGCUCUGAGAAUCACCAACUCAUAUUCUGCGGUAUUUUUGUUAUUAUAUGCACUUGCACCGUUCUUCAUUUAUCUCUGCGCAGUUUUCAAACUCACUCAAAGCUUGACGGAUCCAAUGAGUUCAUUGAGAUGGGACGCAAGCGGCCCAAAAGGCCCAAAACAGCACCAACGUCGAAUUGCGAGUGGGCAUCAAUGCGAGAGUUAGAAUUCUACAAAAAGCUCUAUUUCAAGCUUCAAAAUCUGGAGGAACACCCCGAGAUAAUACCGAUAGCACGACAAGUCUUCCUAGCUUUGCUUUCAGAAGCAUUGGAAGACUAUAGCAAAGCACCAGACACAAAUAUACUGUCGAUGAAGCACUUCGACAAAGGCGCGCUUUCCCUCUUUCUUCAAAGUCACCAAGACAAUGUCACGGAUCAAUAUCACCGCUAUAUUAGUCGUCGACAAUCGGGGGGUCCGCGGGCGCUGUUUCAAGACCACCAAGAAGCCGAAGACUGGCUGAGAAAGAUUGCACCGCUGAAGCUUGUUGACGGCGCCUGGCUAGGGCACUUAAACAAAAUUACUAUGCCUUUCUCGCUAAGGCCUAUUGUAAAGGAGACAUGGCAGGUGUUCACAGAAGAGCUAGGGAACGGCAACCGGGACCAGCACCACGUCAAAAUAUUUGAGGAUCUUCUGAGAGAAUUUGAGCCGGAUCUGCCAUCGCCAACCACCAAGUCUAUUCUGCAUCCUCGAUACAAACUGGGCAAUCUCAAAUAUUGGAGAGCGGCGGUGGCCCAGCUUAUAGUUUCUCUCUUCCCGCACGAGUUUUUGCCUGAAAUGCUUGGAUUCAAUAUGCAUUUCGAGUCCCUCCAAUUGGAUACCAUGCAAGCAGCGAAAGAGCUGCCGGAAGUUCAUCUCGACGCAUACUAUUUCUUGCUCCAUGUUUCGAUCGAUAAUGGCCACUCUGGACAUGCUGCAAUGGCCAUGGAAAGCGCUGCACACUAUAUUCAGCACAUGUCUGAGACGGAGGGCGAGGUAGCUGCCGAGACUGCUUGGAGGAGAAUUCAGGCUGGUUACGUUUUCAGUGAAUGGCAGUUUCGAAAUUACAGCCAGGCAACCCACAUUUUCGCACGAUUAAAUGACAAUGCUCAUGAUAAACUGGAGCAAAAUGUUCUUGCGAUAUUCAGCUCAAAGAUCCAGGCCGCCCAUAGACUGCAUUGCGGUAGCCGGGUGAAGAUUGGAAAACGCUCACUGGCUGAGUGGCUUGAGCCUGAAUCAUUCCUGGCCAAGGAAUGGCAACAGGAGUUUAUCCAAUCUCUGAAGCUUCGAUGGGGUGGGAAAAUGUACGGAGCAUUCACGAAGAGCGAGCUUGAAACAUUUGAGCUCUGGAUCAACUCCAUGGGAUCUGACCAAUCCCACUUUUACUACUCCUUCAUUGAUUCCAAUCCACAUCCACAGUUUCAAAUAUCCAGGAUACCGAAUCUCGAUAAGAGCGAGAGUAAAUUCCUCACGGCAAAGGAUGAGAACUUUGAAACAGCAGCCUCAAUUCCCAGCGGCCUGGUAGGAAAGUCUUCGGGAGACAGUCCAACAAAUCCCAAUCUUUCUUUAUUAUUGCCACUCUGGUUUACGCAGUGCUGCCUUUUAGAAUCAUUUGUGUACUCCCCAGGGAGAACAACCGAUACUAUUGGCUGCGCUGUGGUACGAUUUUUGCGGGCUCAGUCUGGCUUCGAGGAGGAGGACUCUAAUGUGACAGGAAUAGAUGAGCCUCGCACGGCGGAAAAUGGAGGAAUUGUUGAGUUUGGUCUGGAAAUGAUUCGACAAGCGUCCCUUCCAACUCCUCAGAGUCUAUGCAACCUUUUGUCUGAUUGCCCGUCCGAAUUUGCCACGAAUAUGCUCAGUCUAUCUUCCAGUCCCGUUCGAAACUUUGGUAUUCUGUUGGGCAUGUCCAUGGCAUUUCUCGAACUGCAAGACAUGGUAUCAGAAUCGUCCGAUUCUUCUUUGCUUUCUCCGAAAAGCGGUGAGCGCCUUGCAUCACUCGCUCGUAGGCAGUACCUGUGUUUACAGAUAUGCCUUCAGGAGAUUCCCACAGGAGAUGAACGUCGUGUUGAUUUUGGCCGUGGAUAUGAUAUGGCGAAGGCGGAGAUCAAGAAAUGCUUCAGCCAAAAAGUGUGA